UUGACUUCCCUGGGCUUAUAUUAUCCGCGUCUUCACAAGCGUUGUUUCCUAUCUUGGAUCUUUCAUCUCUCAAUCAGUUGUUUUUUCCUAUAUUUUUGUAAGUUAUUUGUGGGUUCCUCAAUCGAUCACCACCACAUUGACAAAAAAGUAUUGUUUCGCUCGCUGCACGCCGUUGGGUUGAGUGCAGAGUUGGCCGAAAGUCGUGGUUUUGCUGAGGGUUUUCUUCUUCGCUGACUCGGUGUGGUGAGAGGUUUCGUUAGCAAUGGCGACCGAUCGGAAGAUUAUUGUUGCUGUUGAUGAUUCUGAAGUGUCUGCGUACGCCUUUACUUGGGCGUUGCAUAAUUUGGUUCGCAAAACGGACAAAGUUGUGGUGCUCACUGCUGCUCCUUUCGUCGCUCUGGGCUAUCCGUCUCCAGACAUGGCUACCGAGUAUGGAGCGGGAGCAGUCUCAGUAACAACUGAUAUCGAAACCAACGAGAAAGAUGUAAAUACGAAGGCCAAGGAUCUCGUUGCUAGAUGUAUAUCGCAAUGCAAUCAGGCUGGUAUUGCAUGUGCAGGAGAGGUCGUGAAAGGCGAUGCUGGAACCUGGAUUGUGGACGAGGCAAAUCGUCUUGGCGCAGAUGUGAUAGUGAUUGGCAGCCGAGGGUCUGGAAUCCUGAAACGGAUCAUUACAGGAAGCAACAGUGAUUAUGUGCUGCACAAUGCAUCUUGUCCUGUGGCUAUUGUUCGACAUAUAGAGGAAGACCUUAAGGUCCAUGACCCACUAAAUUCUGUUGGAGGUAGUAGAAAGGUCGUCAUUGCAGUUGACGAGUCACGAGAGUCCGUAUAUGCAUUUAAAUGGGCACUAGAGAACUUUUCCAGGGAGGAGGAUAACCUGAUCCUGUAUCACGUAAAUCAGUCCGUACCACUAGCGGCUACCGCGGGUACCGGAGAAUUCGGAAUAGAGGAGGUAUAUGUCCCCAGUCAGAUAGCCGGGAAGUCUGAGGUAGAGGCCUUGAAUCAGAGCGAAAAGCUGGUGGAGAAGUAUAUGGAGUACGUAAAUAAGGAGACAAAGAUCAAAUGUGAGGGUAUUGUGGUAAACGGCCAACCUGAAAUGAAGGUUAUCGAAGGGUUGACAAAUCUUCGAGCUGAUGCAGUGGUUAUCGGAACUCAUGACCGAAGUGUUCUUUCCAGAACAAUGCUCUGUAGCCUUACCGACCAUCUUGCUCACAACAGCCCAUGCCCUUUGCUUGUGGCAAAGAUGCCCAAGUCACCUGCUCAUCCUGAGACAGACUUGGAGAGCAAACGUGUAGAUUAAAGAAUCCACUCAGCUAGUCCUCCAUCCUUGGUUUCUUUUGAGUUUCAUACCUUGACUGCUGACUUUAGGCUGUAGCCUGUUGUCUGUCGAAGACGACAUGAAAGCUGUGAAUAAGUUGAGUUAGGUUUAUUUCUAGAUGACACUUGGCCACGUUCAUGUGUACAGCUUGAGAAAUUUCAGAUAUGAAAAAACAUUUCAAUCUCA